AUGUCUCAAAAGAAGAAACCAAUGAAAGAGACAACUAAAGUCAACAGGAAGGACUUCUUCCUGUUCCCUCACCGCCUCCCUGUGGAGCGGAUCCGGGCCAUCCAGGUCUCCGGAGACGUUUCCAUCCAAACCAUUAACAUCAUUGGGGGUGCAGGUGGCGGUGGCGGCGGCAGUGGCAGCGGCGGCGCGCUGCCUGGAGGAACCGGAGGAGGACGUCCAGGAGGCAGCAUGGCGGGAGGAUAUCCAGGAGGCCACGUGGGGGCUGGAUGUCCUGACGGCAUGGGAGGCGGAUACCCAGGAAGCACCAUGGGGGUAAAAUCACAACAUAACCGUUUAUUACCAUCAAAAGACAGUUUGGGACAUAAUUAUUACAUUUCUUCCAAACAGGGAGGUUUUCCAGGAUCCCACUUGCCGGGGACGGCAGGGCAGCCGAUCUACAACCCGCCAGUGCCGUUCUCCGCCCGGAUCCCAGGAGGGAUGCUCCCCAAGAGGACCGUCGUCAUCCGGGGCUCCGUCCCCCACGGGGCCCAAAGGAUGGGCUUCAACCUGGUGGUGAGCAGAACCCGGGACGUCGCCUUCCACAUGAACCCCAGAGUGAAGGAGGGCGUCGUGGUGCGGAACGCCCGGACCGGAGGGCAGUGGGGCAGCGAGGAGCGGCAGCUCAGCGCGUCGCCCUUCGCCGAGGGGCAGUACUUCGACGUGUCGAUCCGCUGCGGCAGCCAGAGGUUUGAGGUGUUUGUGAACGAGCAGCACCUGUUCGACUUCUUCCACCGGACGAACUUCAGCGAAAUCGACAAACUGGAGAUCGACGGAGACGUGCAGAUCUCCUACGUCCAGCUCUGAUGCUCACCGCCGCUUCCUGCCGUCUGCUGCCGAUUAAAGCUCAGGAACACAAUGUGCUUUUCAAUUUAUUCAUUUCUUAUGCAAAAACGUUGUAAAAAAAACAUCAGCAGUGACAAAAUCAAAGUAGUUAUUGUACAAAAAAUCCUUAGAAAUGUAAAAACACCAGCAGAAAACAUUCAACAAAAUGCAAAAUACUGGCUCUUCGAAGGCACUUGGGAAAAGGCUGAUGAGGACGAUGAAGAAAAAAAUGCUCCAAUUACACAGGAAACAGGAAGUGAAUCAGCUUCAGCACCUUCUUUUCUAAAAGUCCCGCUGACUAAACGGUACCAGAUGUAUCACAAAAACAAACCAAAAGCUGGAACUGAAGUUUUUCUCCAUCACAUUCUGUAACUGUACCGGUUUUAAAAGUACCUCAGAUGCUCACAAAUCAGCAAAAUCCAAUCUGAAGACGAAGGACAGAGAUAAACAAACUGUUUAUAUACAUACAUAAAAAUAUAAGUGCAUACAUGCUGCAGCGUUUUCCUCCUCAGUGCAACAGUUUCAGAAACCACAGAAGAAGAGCAGCCGGAUGACGGGUUUCGCUCGUUUUCCAGGAUUUGUUCUCAUUCGAAUUGUGAUUUUUUUAAUUAUUUUUUUUUAUAUAUUUGGGGAAAUAAUGUCUAAACUACUGGAAGUCAUUAGUGCAAAAGUUGAACAAAUACAAAAAAUCUGAAUAAAAACAAAAAUCUGAAUAACACUGAAAGUUUCCUCGUUUGAUCUGUACCUGUUUGGAGGUUUCAGCAAAAACAACUGAAAUGUUGAGAGUUUAAUAAAAAUAAAGAAAAUAUGUGGAAAUUUAGCUCCAUAGAAAAAAAAC